GCAGGCAACAGUCUCACCAUAUGUGUUUGAGCAACAGCAGGACAUGAUGUGGCUUACUCUUUGUCUCCUCACAUUGUGCUUUUCUACGACCCAAGCUGGUGGCUUCUGUGAAAGUGUCCUCCAGGAGUGUCGAGAAGGUGAUGUCCCCUGGACCAGUUGUUAUGAGGACAGAAUUGCAAGCUGCAGACUAAGAGGCCGCUUAAUGCAAAACUUCAUUCAGCGGAUGGUGAAUUCGUCUCAAGAGGCUGAAGUGAGUCCCACUCUUGAACACAGGGUUCACAUCCCAUCCUCAGCUCUCCAGAGAAGCAGAGUUGCUGUGUCUCAGCAAGAGGUGCUGCUGGUGGUCACUGUGAUCGACAGUACUUUCUUUGAGCUGAGUCCCCCUCAGAGAAAAGGCAGCACGAGACUGCUCAUACCACACCAGCCUGUCCACAUGCAAGGCACUGUUCUGGGGGAGUUAGUCCUGGUAGUGAGGACAGGGACCCAACCUGUCAGAGACCUCUCACAGCCCAUCAAAUUAACCUUCACACACAACAAACAGGUAGAAAAUGGGGCUUGUGUGUUUUGGCAGGAGUCACAGCGUGCGGAUGGAACAGGUCAUUGGAGCACAGACGGAUGUGACACCAGUGACACGGGACUUGAGUUUGUUUGCAGCUGCAACCACCUGAGCUUCUUUGCUGUGCUUGUGAACCCAGUAUUAUCAGUGGAUGUAAUAAAUGCUGAAAACCUUAGCUACAUCACCUACAUAGGAUCAGCACUCUCCAUCUUCUUCACCAUCAUCAGCUUGAUCAUCUACAUAUGUCUACAACGGCGGCGUCCUGAGAAGGCUAUCGGUGUGCAUUUGCAACUAACAGGAGCGCUGCUCUGCCUUCACCUCAGCUUCCUGCUGUGCAGCUUCUGGGUGCGGCAGCUGGAUGAGGAUGAGGAGGGCUGGGUCUGCCGCAGUCUGGGUCUCUUUUUACAUUGGUCACUGCUGGCCACCCUCAGCUGGCUGGCUCUGGAAGGAUUCCACCUCUACCUUCUCUUAGUUCAAGUCUUUAACAUCUACGUCAGGAGAUACCUGCUAAAGCUUAGCUUGGUCGGAUGGGGUCUUCCAACACUGAUUGCAAUGGUUUGUGGAAUUGUAGGUGUUUAUGGCAAAUACAGUCUGGACGUGAGUGAUGCCAACAACCCCAAUUCAACAGCGCAGAUAUGCUGGAUGAGCAAACAGUUCCCACAGAGGCUUUUAGUCAGCUACGUCACUACUGUGGCCUUCCCAUGCCUGGUGGUACUUUGUAAUUCCUGCAUGCUGGGGCUUGUGGUGUUUAAGCUCUGGCGGCUAAGGACAGGUGGAGGAGGCAUUGAAAGCAGCAGUGGCUGGAAGAAGAUGAACAGAGAGAAAGGGAUCAAGUUAUGGAAAGACUGUGUGACCGUGCUGGGCCUCAGCUGUGUGCUGGGCUUACCUUGGGGCUUGGCGAGCACCACCUACAUCUCCCUUCCUGGGAUCUACCUAUUCACUAUACUAAACUCCCUGCAGGGUGUGUUUAUGUUCCUGUGGUCCGUGGCUUUGAGCUGCAAGUCUCGAUCUGACAAUAACUCCUCAGGCAGAGACCCUUCCUCUCAGAGAGUGAUGACGACCAGUUUCAAUAACUGAUAUUCACAGCUACAACAAAUGUAUUUUUGCCUAUAUUAGGUGUUUACUGACAUUUGGACUCCAGCCAUAUACUGUUAAAUGAUAACUAACAAUAACUUAAUCAGUAUUGCAAAAAUGUUUAGUUAAAAUUGCAUAGACAAACAUGCAUCGUGAACAAUAAUCCCUUAUAAUUAUUUAUUGUGCUACAAAUGAUUCUUAUGGUUAUAGUAAUUUCAGGCAAAGAUUAUCAUUUGUGAAUCACUGAAUUAAAAAAAUAUGUUUUUCUGGGCUUAUAAAUUGUUCCAAAAAGAUUUUUGAAGGCUUAUUUUUUUAUAUUAUUUCAGAAACAUCAUAUAAUAAGAUCAAUGUAUAUUCAAAAGACUUAUUUGUACCGUAUUACUGCUCAGAGGGCAGUUGAAUAAAAGUGGUCGUAGCAGAG